CUGACUUGGGACAUCGAUGAUAACAGUGUCGCAACAGAAAUAUAUCAGUGCGGCCUAUAAUAAUUUUUAUUUUAAGAAUUUUAAUUAGACGGUGCAAAAGGGAGAAACAAUACUAGUGCCGACUGUUUUGCUUCGUUGGCGUUGCACGUAUUGCACGCAACUUCGUUUUGGAACCGCACGUAAGGACACGAUGUAUCUUCUGGCGGCAUGCGUGUGUCUGAUGUCGGGAUUCGUGGUUAGUGGCACACGAGUCGUGACCGAUAUCAAUCCCAACUAUGUGAGCACCGAAGGAGGAGCCAGGAUUACAAUUGUUGGAUCAGGAUUCACGCACGACCUGUUCAACUUCGGUACGGAUAAUGAGGAGAAGAGUGUUGAAGUCAACUUUUUCAGUGCGGACGGGAAGAUCGUCCCCUGUGACAUCCACAAGGACGGAUGUACCAUGACUCAGAUCACCUGCUACACCAGAAAGAUGGAACACGACGUUCCGUACACGGUGUCCGUGAAGGUGAACGGACAGCUGGUGACAGAACUGUGUACCGCUACCCCAGAAAACUGUGUGGUUCGGGGUGCCUGGUACUACACACCUAGAAUAAACGACCUCAACCCUCAGAGCGGAAAGCCAGGUAACGUUAUUUUGACGGUGUACGGUCGCAUCAUCACGGAACGCUUUGGAAGUAACUCAGACGUCAGUUCCAACGGACGAAAUGAGGCAAUCCUCAGAUCCUAUACGACAAGCAACUGUGAACUGAAAAAUGGAACAGAAAAGACGGAUUUUUACGGCCUGUACAUCGACAACGACCUGAGCGGGUACCUGAAGUGCAAGCCCGAGGGCACGUUCGUUGGCAACACCAACUACACAUUCCUAGUGGAGGCUCCCUUUGGACGGAGUGCUGCAGAAUGGAACGUAUCCCGCGUCUCGAGGACUGACGACAUCUACAUGAUCCAGUUUUAUGCAGACAUCUCUAGCCUGAGCCCAACUCAGGGAGGCACGGAGGGUGGCACGCUGCUUACAAUCAACGGCGACUUAUUUGAGACAGCAGGACCUCUCUCCACUUACAGACCUCUAGAAGUCUACGUCGGAGGGGAGGAAUGCAAGAUCCAGGAAGUGGUGAAAGACAGCUAUGUAACAUGCCUUACCCCUGCCAAGCCUGUAGCCAAGUCUGUGUACAGAGGAAACAGAGGUGUCACUGUGGAGGUGUUUGGCACCAGCACGUUCACCAGCAACGCAGACGCUAUCUCCUCGACCGCUGCACCAAGCGCCAACCUUCACCUUGAUGAGACGAGGCUGUGUGGUGGCGCGCACUCCGACAAGUGGCGCCGCAUGAAGGGAAUAUUUGUCGCCGCAUGGGAUGGAAAGUUCCAGUUCCAGAUGCAAGCGACACCUGGCGGUGCGGUCAAGGCUGAUGGGUACAACCUUCUUGAGACAACGGGAGCGGUGGCAUACGGGCAGUUGAUGGACUUGAAAAAAGGCGAUGAGGUGCCGUUUGUGGCAGUGGCAGCCCCGUCCACGGACCCGGCCGCUUGUGCUGAGGUGCGGAUGGCUCACAUGAAUACCAAGUUCAGCAACAGCAUGAUCGGACGUGCAAUGGACGAGAAACAAAGAUUGGUGUUCACAUCUACUGUCGUAAACGAAGUACAGACGGUAUCCCUGAGCGUCAGUAAGCGUGCUGCUACCCAAGAAAAGCAAAAGAUAUGUGACCCGGCUGGGGAGAGUUUCCAGCUCUGUAUCUACAAUGUGUGCACAGAAUCUGCCACAUUUUCCGCUGGUGACAUCGCUGAGAAGCUGAACAAAUUGCCAUUCUUGGCCAGUGGGGAGACCUUCACGGCAACAGAAAACGCCAACUGCAUUGACAUCUUGUUCCAGUCAGAACGAGGCAACAUACCCCAGCUAGAGGUCGUCAUGUCAGGGUCAAUGUCCGUCUCCACGGUGACAGAAGGUGCUGCCAGUGGCAAUGUGUUCUCAUUCAUGUUCAAUGGAGUCCCUAGCCAGCCUAUCACUUACAAUGCUACGGACACUGCAGCCACGGCAACCGCAAUGCAGACUGCCUUGAAGGAGAUGUUUGGUGUGCGAUGCCCAACUAAGUUCAUUACCCCAGUGAAUGGUUUCUAUGAUGGUUUUGAGAAUGGCGCAACGGGAACCACUACUGAAGUGGCUGCAUUCUGCGGGCGAUACUCCCUCAUGAAUACGGAAAACAUUUACAGCACAGGCGCAGGGAAACUAAUAUCCGGAAAACAUUUUUGCUUUGCUGUGAAAGGCCUUGAUAACAACAAGAUCUACUUGAAAUUUAACGAAAUGCUAACAAACAGAGGAACAUGGACCACCUUCACCCCUUUCCUGGUAGAGAACACUUGGACUGGAAUCAAUGACGAUAACAACACCUGGGUCUACACCUGUGUCAGCCUGGAAGCUGUCUUCAGGAAAGCAUGGCCUGCGGUUAUAAACUACGCCGACUUCACGCUUGUACAGGUGAAACUGGAGAUGACAGAUCCCACCAACGACUUCUAUGUAGACAAUGUCAUGAUCACUAGCAACCCUGUCUUAUCCACUGACAAGUUGACAAAGCUGCGCAUGCCAGGUGCUCAGCCCAGUUUUAUAGAAUCCGAUCCCAAGUUCACCAUGGCCGAUGUCACUGUAACGUAUGAUGUAGCGAAGUCCAACUAUGUGGUUACCAUGAAACCCAAUGAAUGCGGUCACAACUUCAGGCCCUUGACUGUAGAUGAUGCACAGAGUGGGGCUGUAACCAUGACAUCCAGCAGUGUUACUAAAGCGUCCAAUCCCAUCACUGGUUCCUUCACGUUGACCAGCUAUGGAAGGACAUCAGAACCGGUCAAUCCUCAGUAUACCGACAAAGAGAUGCAGUCCGUUCUGGUCCACACAUUUGGCAAAAUGAACGUCGAGCGCACUGCUGACUCCACUUGUGCCAACAUGAAGAUUGACGUCUCCUUCCUCGAGAUGCCUGGAGACCUUGACCUGAUGAAUCUCGCCACCUCGUUUUCCGCCCCCUCCUCUGCUACAGGAUCCAUUGAGCAGCAGGUUCCAGGCCACCUCAGCAUUGUACCCAUACCUGGCGACAUGGUGUUCACACAGCACACAACACCACAGGUGACAGUGUACGUCAAUGGAGUGCCUUCAAAGUGCGCCCUAGCAAAUAACGAUUGCAGCUUCACAUACUCUGCUGUGGGAACCCCAACAGUCACUGGAAUCUCACCCAACACAGGAAAUGAAAAUGUGAUGCUGACAGUAACUGGUACAGGGUUCAGUGGUACGCUAGCUGACAACAAGGUCACAAUUGGGAAUGUUCCCUGCACGGUAACCGCGGCAACAACAACAGAGAUAAGGUGCACGCUGGGUAACGGUCCUUUGGGGAGCUACCCAGUGGUCGUGAGUGUCAGUCCAGUCGGCAGAGCCGUAAACACAGCCUCUAACUUCACAUACACUGCUGACGUUGUCUCCAUUGCUCCAACUAGUGCAGGCCUUGGAGGCAAUAUGGAUCUUGUGGUCACUGGUACUGGCAUCACAUCAGGGGCCACAGUUUCAGUGGGAGGAGUGAACUGCCCUGUGAAAUCCGUACAGGCACCUACCACCAUCACAUGUGUCCUUCCGCAAUUCAGUGACCUUACCAGCACCACAUCCCAGACUGCAGUUGUCGUGGUUACCUUAGGAGGGACGGAGCUGGUUACCAAGCCGCAAUUCACAUACACGCCUCAGAAUUCACAGAUAACCAGUGUCAGUCCCAGUGGAACGCUUGGUGUGGCAGGAAACAACAUCAUUGACAUCACCGGGACCAACCUGGGCACGGUUGGUACCGUGUUCCUGGGUGACAGGCAACUAGAGGUGAUCUCGUACAGUCCCACGGCUAUUCAAGUUCGCACCCCCUCCCCCUCACCCACGGGCGACAACAUCCCUCUCAUGGUUUAUGCAACUGGAAGCCUAGGGGCUGUACUCAAUACAGAACCUGCAGUGCCAGUGUUGAGCAUCCCAUACAAGGUACAGAAGGUGUUCCCGACUAGCGGGUCUUUGAUGGGCGGCACCCGACUGACUGUCGUCGGUUCCGGAUUUGGGACAGUGCCUGCCGAUAUCAAGGCGCAUGUUGGAGACUAUAGCUGCAUUGUCAUGACAACCACCAACACAAAGUUCAUCUGUGAGAUUGAGUCCACCAGUGCUGAAUACGAUAUUACCAACAUGGGCACUACUGGUUUUGGUGCCUACUUCGCGUUCAGCCAGACGGAGCUAAGGAUUGAGGAGGGUGACUCUGUCAGGUGGGCCUGGCAGACUGCUGGCUUCCUCAACAAUGUCCAACAUGGCGUUUACCAGACAGAGAGUCUUUCAAGCACCGAGGCACUUACUGGUGGCAUCUCUAGUGGCAACCAGACUCGCCAAGGCAGUUUCCAGCAUGUGUUCAACUCGGCUGGAACAUACUACUUCUGGAGCGGUUAUGUCGACCAAUGGGAUAUCAAGGAUUACCGCAUGGUUGUCAAUGUUGUUCCAAAAGCUGCCAAGCUUGAACAGUUUGCCAUGUCCAUUGAAGGGGCUGAGCCAGUCUAUGAAACAAGCUCAGGAGUAGCUGAUCCGACAGACAAUUCUGGAUGUGCUACACGCAAAUCUGACAUCAUACCAGGUUGUACCCCUGAGACCCUUACACCCCAAAAUACAGACCGAUUCAACUUCCUGUUUUCAAAGUGCCGCACACCAACCUUAACCGGUGUCACAUUCACCGAUGCUGUCCAAGGCAGCCCCAGAUCGGCAAAGGUGGACACUGCUGUGUCAGUCUCUGGCACAGAAUUUGCCACAGGCGACUGUGCAAAUGUAGCUUCAAUUGGUGGCUGUGAAUGCAUUGUAAGUGGGUCGACUACUACUUCCCUUGUGUGUACCCCGAAUCCCUCUUGUGAGUACGAGCUGGGUGUGCUCCUGCCAGUUAACGUUAACAUCGUCAAUUAUGGUUUCGCAAAGUCAACAAUUUCUUCGGAAAAGGAUCAGAGCCUCGCAUUCCUGCCGUCCAUUCAGUCCAUUAAUCCUUCCUCAGGGUCAAAGAAGGGUGGUACGGAGGUCACCAUAUUGGGAAGUGGGCUAACCAACCUAGAUGCUAUUAAGGUCACUUUCAAUGAUGUAGCAGCCACAUGCACCUCGGUCCAACCCUUGGUAUGCCAGUCACCUCUGUCCAACACUGGUGAUGUUGCUGUAGUAGUGUCAGAUUUCCCAGCAAUAUGCUCAGGUGCAUCUUGUUUGUUCACCUAUGAUGUUGUAAAAACACCAACAGUCACUGCUGUCUCUCCCGCUACGUUGGACGGAAAUGUAAUAACAACUUUGACCAUCUCGGGUACUAGUUUUGGCACAGAUAGUGCAGCUGUUUUUGUUAAGAUAGGAGGGGAAGAUUGCGGGUCCGUUUUAGUCGAGAGUGACUCAUCAGCAACCUGUUCUAUCCGUGCCGUGCCAGCUGGAGCAAACCAGAUCAUAGUCAACGUUGAUGGAAUGGGAAACGCAGAUUCCUCUGGAAAAACUGUCACUGGAACUGCAAGAGCCAGCGUGACACCAACUGCUGGGGCUACUAAUGGCGGCACUAAAUUGACCUUCACUGGACAUGGUUUCAAAGGGGAAACAACUGUUACUACUAACGAUGGCGUAGCCUGCACUGAUGUUAAAGUGGCCAGUCUCACUGAACUGACCUGUAUCUCCGGUCCACAUGCGGCGGGUGCUGUCAACUUUGUGAUUACAUCACACGGUGAAAUGUUCCCAAAUGUAGAGUUCACAUAUGAUGCUAGCCUGGUACCGACUAUCAGCGCAAUCAAUCCAGCCUCUGGGGAUUCUUUAGGGAACCAGCUUCUCACUCUGACUGGAAGUCAUUUCUACAGCGGUCUUGCUGUUACGGUUUGUGGCGGCACAUGCACAGUGAAUACUCAAACAGCAACUGAAAUUGUGUGCAUCACACCAGCCAAGGCAGAUGUCAGUGUGUGUGAUGUCAUUCUUACUGGAAGCGGUGUAACCGCCACGUCUACGACUCAGUACACGUACAUUGAUAAUGACGCGCCCAGAAUUACCAGCCUGAACCCCCAGCGUGGUGGCACAGGUGGUGGAACUACUCUCACAAUUAGCGGGACUGGUCUCAGCGGGGCGACCGUGUCUAUAUAUGGUAAAGAAUGCACUGUGAGCAGUUCUACAGCCAGUCAAAUCGUCUGCUCUACCGGCGCACAGACAGCGUCAGUCCAAGCAGACGUACUGGUCACAGCAGGGGGGAAAAGGGCUGUACCGGGAACCCUCGGUGCAUCAUCCUUCUACUACGUUGAUCUUUACAGCAGUGGCGCCACCUGGGGAGGGGGUCCUGUCCCCGGGGAGGGGGAUAUGGUCGUCAUUCCUCAGGGACAGAUUGUCCUUCUCGAUCAGAGCACAGAAAUCCUGGGCAUGCUUCUCAUUGACGGAGGCCAGUUGAUUUUUGAUGAAAAAGAUCUCACACUGAAAGCAGAGCGAAUCCUGAUUACAAAAGGUGGUAAGCUACAGGUUGGCUCCCCAGAACGCCGCUUCCAACAGAAGGCAGUGAUUGAGUUGUAUGGUCACCAGAGAGACGAGGAGAUGCCAAUCUACGGUACCAAGGUGCUGGCAGUGAGGGAUGGAGAGCUCAACCUUUACGGUAAGGAAAUAAACAACACCUGGACAAGACUGGCAUCAACAGCCAAUGCAGGUGCCGCAACCAUCACUGUGCAGGAUGACAUCAGUGAUUGGUCAGUGGGUGACUCUAUAGUGGUUGCUACCACGGGUGACCAUUUCUCACAGGGGGAGAGUGAGGAGCACCUUAUAUCUGCCAAGUCUGGUCAGACGAUCACCCUGACGACGGCCCUUAAAUUCAAGCAUCUUGGAGUGACAGAAACCUUUAACGGGGUUGAUGGAGCCACUGUGAAGUUUGACUACCGGGCAGAGGUGGGUCUGCUCACCCGUAACAUCGUUGUCCGUGGCAACGAGGACCCGCAGUGGACAAGGGACAUCCAGGCGUGCGCAGCCGGCUUUGACCCCGGUGAGUUUGUCACUCAGACCUGCUUUGAGGGCAGGUUUGGUGAAGAGAAGGGAAACAGCCAGUUUGGAGGCCAGGUGCUGAUCCACCAGACCGAGAAAGACACCCAGGUGGCGCAGGCUCAUCUCUCGUACGCAGAGUUCACAUUCGCCGGUCAGGCCUUUAGGCUUGGCAGAUACCCCAUCCACUUCCACCUUAACGGAAACAUGAGUAAAUCGUUCGUUGAGGGUUGCGCAAUCCAUAAGACGUUCAACCGCGCCAUCAAUAUCCACGGCUCUCAUAACAUUAACAUUCGUAAGAAUGUCGCCUUCAACAUCUUGGGUGGGGCGUUCUUCUUGGAAGAUGGCAUUGAAGUCAAUAACACCUACGACAGGAAUCUUAUCGUGUUUGUUCGAGCUAGCUCCAGUCUCCUUAACGACGACAUAACACCUGCAGCUUAUUGGGCAACAAAUCCUUACAAUACAUACACCAAUAACGUUGCCGUUGGUGGAACCCACUUUGGCUGGUGGUAUCGCAUGAAGGAGUUCCCAGAUGGUCCAUCAUUCACAACCACUUACUGCCCAGUACGUGUGCCCCUCAAAGAACACAGCAACAACGAGGCACAUUCAAACGGAUGGUUUGGAAUCUGGACCUUCGCUGAAUACUAUCCGGUUAAGGGCGGAGCUUGCUCGGGUACAACAGGAGCUGAGCCGGCAGUCUUUAGAGGAUUCAAGGCGUACAACAACGAGAAAGGCAUAGAGUUCGUGGACUUCAGCUCCUUGCAGGUGAUUGAUAGCGUCUUGGUGCAGAAUUCCUUUGCGGGAUACGAAGGAAAACGCGUAAUUAAUGGUGAGAGGAGAAAUCCUGCAACCAGUGCUACCGUCAACAACACACUGAUUGUGGGCAAGUCCAUGCUUCCAGAUGUUCAGAAUGCUUUUGGUUCAACUCAAGCUGGGGUGAUCCUGCCUUACGGUGAGUCGCAACAACUGCAUAAGGUUAAGUUCCUUAAUUUUCCGGAUGACGCUGCAAAUGGGGACUCUGCUGUUGCCAUAAAGUUUACAAAGAUUGAUGGUACGUGCAGUGACAAAUGCGGUGGUUUUAACUAUCAGACAUCAGGCUUACAAUUCGAAAAUACACCCUACCGUAUCCACUUCAGAUGGGCUCAUGAGGGAAUCAUAGAGGACACCGAUGGGUCACUCUGCGGCACACCAAACUCUAAAGUACUGCCUAACUGGGAAACAUAUUAUAACGCUCCCGGUUGUUCCGCAAACUGCACCGGAAAAUUCAAAAAUAAUGAUAUGGAGUUCUUGGAACCUCUAGUAUGUCCGGCCACCGUCAAAUUCCACCGCCUGGCCUUUAACAAUAUUAAACCGGCAUCACUUAAGGGAAAGAAUUUGACCCUGACUAGCCAGCAUGGCUCGAGCGUGGGCUUCUUUCGAGUCAAACGUAUCACACAUAAAGAUGGCUGGAUGGCCGUCCUCAUGGGUGGUGAGACGACGACGAUUACAUUUGAAGGUGCAGAGGAAAUGACGAACAUCUCUUUCACUGGGCAGAUAAACGAGCUGGAGGCUGGUGAUUGUCUCAUCCUCACAUUGAGAGUUCUAGAAAAACCAGAUAUUGUCGCCCUGAAUGGACAAACAGGAAAAAACCAGUCUGCAGCCCAGUUCACCUGCGCACAGGGACCUUCCUCCGGGGACUGGUGGUUCAAUCCGGCCAAUAACCAUGUGGAAUUCGCAGUAACUGGUCCUGCCCGAAGCAAGAGGGGUAGUGUCCGUGUGUUCAAUACUGAUAUCAAGCUGGACAUGAAGAUAGAGAAGUGUUACUUUGCCGGCUGUGUCCCACCAACACCCAAAGACAAACAAGAGCCCCCUACUGAGCGACCCAACCCCUUUAAUCUCUGGAACGAGGAUAUCUGGACGCGUGACCAGGCUGGACUUGUUCGAAGCAACGGCACUGGGGUCAUGCCUGCCACUGGAGAGAAUGUGCUCAUUACUGAGGACAAAUGGAUUGUUAUAAAGACUACUACAGCAAUUGAGCUUGGCACAGUUCGCGUAGAAGGAGGCCUUGAAAUAGACUACAACUCUGAGGGGGUCACGUAUGAGUUCAAGGUCAAAUUCCUCAUCAUCAUUGGGGGUCGCUUCCAUGUAGGUUGGCCUAACAACCCCAUGCUUGGAACAGCCAAUAUUGUGUUGUUAGGCAAUGCAAUGUCACCUGCCUACACCGAGAUCGAAGGCAUCGCCAUUGGGAACAAAGCUAUUGCUGUUUUUGGCGGUCUGGAAUUACACGGUCGAGAUGUCGGCGAGAGUUACACGCUCCUGACGCAGACGGCAAACAUAGGGGACACCAUUCUGAAAGUGACUGGCGAUGACAUCAAACUGUGGAGGGCUGGUGAUACGGUGGUUGUGACAUCUACCUCUCUGAUUCCUACUGAGCUGGAGACAGUGAACAUAGCUUCUGUUGACUCAGCUGCGGGAACAGUUACACUGACAAGUCCACUCAAGUACCAGCAUACAUUUUACUCAGAAACUUUGAACGGUACAAAAGUAACCUUAGCAGCUGCUGUGGGUCAUGUGACAAGAAACAUAAUCAUUCAGGGGGAGAGAACUGACACCAACCAGGCUGGAGGUCGCGUUAUUGCCUCUGUUACACAGGUUACUGUUGGGAGUGGAGCAGAGACACGCACAGGGUACAUUCGUGCCAGGUAUGCCAAGUUUGACUUUAUGGGUCAAGAUGGUUACACGGAGUCCUACGACCCAAGGUUUGCAAUUGCCUAUGUUGCUACGGGACCUGUUAAUGAUGUCAAACCAUCUCUUGUCCAGGGAUGCGCGUUUGUCUCCCUUGACAGCACUGCUGUUGGAGCGUUUGGCGCAACAGAUCUGGAGAUUUCAAACAAUGUGGUUGUUAACCCUGUUGGCAAUGGCAUUGUGACAACUUCCGAUAACACCAGGAUUGAAAACAAUCUGGUUGCCAACCUUUUGUGGACUGGAUCUUAUGAUGGACGCAAUGAGCCCUUUAACAUUCGCUACGAGGCGGGUAUAUACGCCAUAGGCUCGCACGGUCUCCACAUGGCUGACAAUUAUGUAGCCGGCUCAGAGCGUGUUGGCUACAGGGUGCCUGGCCAGGACUGCGAUGACCCCUAUACCCCUGCAGUGCUGAACUACGCUGUGGGCAACCUAAUGGGCUACGGGGUCUUCCCUCCCCCCAAGGAGGACAUUCUGAAACAGAAAGAUACCCAAACAUGCGUUCGAAUCUCGGACAUAGCUGCUUUCCGUAGUAUUGAUUAUGGGUUCUACUACCAGAAUGACCUGAAUGUAAAUCUUCAUAAAAUCAUUGUGGCAGAUAAUCAGGUUAGCAUUUUCCCUAUGGUUAUUGGUCCAAACCCGCUAACCCAUGAAUGUGGUGACCAGAGAGUGGAUGUCACAGACAGCAUUUUGAUCGGGUCGACCGAUAAUUGCGCCAAUAUGCAGUCACCGAGCGGAGUUUACAUGACCAACAGCGGGCAUUGUCGAGGAGAUAAGGGGCCAAAUGGAGCCCGUUUGGGUCUACUAUUCCCCCAGAUAACUGGUGGCGGCAAUGGUGCUCCCUUUAAACCAUGCGGGAACAUUAUGAGUUACAACCCAAUCUGUGGAGGAGGGAGUGUAACAGGAACCGUGUUUGCACACUUUGGACAGUGUUCGUACGCCCUAUCUCUCAGCACUAAUAAUGACGAUCUUCAAUUUUAUUUGUCAUCCUCUUCCAAUCUAAAAGUGGAUGUGGAUGACAACUUCCUGUUGUACUACCCACGACCAACUGUUGGUAAGAUCAACCCAGCGGACUGCGUAGACAUGGACUGUGAUGCCAUGAAGAAGGCCCUGCUGCGAGAUGACGGGACGCUGGCCGGCUCUCCAGCGUAUUUCAUACCCAAGUCUGAGUGGCAGUGGGGCGGGGACCCUCGCAGAGGCCUCAAUGACGCUAGAGUUCCAAAGGACAUGCUUACUUUCCCGAAUGGAACUGUGAUUACAGUGGACCAGCUUGCUCCAAAUGGCAGAGGUAUUUCAAGGGUGGCAGGUCAAUGCACUCUAAAGGGAUCCGCUUCCACAUUUGAGUACUACAAGUGUGCAAAUGUAAAAUAUGAGCUGCUAGUGAUCGAGAGCCUGGACGCGGACACGGAAACCAGACGCCUGUCUCCCGUGGCGAUCCUACAGGAUGGCUACAUUGACCUUAUCAACGGACCUCAGGAUCAUGGAUGGUGUAACGGAUACACAUGCCAGAAACGUGUGUCUCUGUUCCAUGCACUUGUUCGGCCUGGUCUCCCAGUGUCCGUGUACCUAACAAGCGUUCAGCCAGACAAGAUGCGCUACUUCAUGAUGGACGGCCAAGCGGACUCCUGCGUUGUAGUUUCCUUCUACUACCAGAACCCCAACCGAAUUGACGUCUACACAGACGGAGGUAGCCAUUACGAAUUGCCUAAGAACGGCAAGUACGAAACCAAGGGAGGUAAACAAAUCUUCAAACUUCUCAACGAUCCGGGAGUAGACUAUAUACCCACAUGCAGCGAUCCCCAUGGGUCCAACUACAUUGACAGAGAUGCCCGGCUGCAGUACUUUGUCCUGAAAGGCAAUGCAGAGAUUCAGUUGUCUAAAGCCAAUGUGGUCAUUGUAUCCUUCGGCCUGCCAGCUAUGACGGUAGAGGAGUUCUUUGGAGCAAACAUCGUCGAGAACCUCGCUGCUAUGCUCAACAUCCCUCUGGAGAAGGUCCGUGUUGUCAGCAUUGUGUCAUCUGCAGGUUCCGGCCGCAAGCGACGUUCAACCUCGACUCUGGCCGUUGUCUUGGAGAUCGGGGAUGAGCCACCAGCAACUGAUACCUCAUCAAACACUGGUGCCACUGACAACACAGAGCCUGUAGUUGACAUUGCUGACCUUGUGAUGACCGCCUGUCAGGACGGUAGCCUGGACACCAGCUUGAGUACCUCUGGUAUUCAGUGUGAAGAGAUCAUCAUUGGGGGUCAUGUGUACCAGCCUGUAGAGCCCGCUGGUCUGCGGUUCUUGCAGACCCUGAAGCCCUCACAUGAGGGUGUGCCUUUCACCGUGCAGCCAAAGGUCCGAGCAUACGACGACAACGAUAACCUGAUCGACAACAUGGGUAUAGUUGAGGACCCGUGGAAGAUCACAGCAACCCUUCGGGCGGGUACCGGCCACGCCAACGCUGUCCUAGGGGGAACAGUAACAGUGACAACAGCCAAUGGUUGGGCUAACUUCACCGACCUGCAGAUCUCACACAAGGGCAGUGGGUACAUCAUUGACUUUCAGAUCUCCUACCCACUCAGCGCUGCAGCGCUGAACUUAAAAGUCUCGACGGAUCCGUUUGACGUUAUGGCCGUUCCUCUUACGUCAGGCGUCCACUCCAUGACGAUGGACAACAUUGUCACCAAUGAAGUCAUGACAUUGACCUUAGAACUGCGUGAUAGCACCACCAACAAGCCCAUCCCUGACAUUAACUGGCGGGGUCACACAUUCGCGGCUUCAUGCGAUACUCUCAUGGAGUUUGAGGAAGGUUCCCUUACAGGCACACUCAGUGGCCAGUUUGAGCCGAGUACCGGUCAUGUGGCCUUCACAGACUGGCGCUUCACUGGAUACGGCCUUGUGUACAUCAGCUGUCAGGUGGAGUCAGUCCCAGCAGAGUACGACUUCUACUCAUUCCACAAGGUUGUGGUUCUGAGCCCAGCCCAGGACGCCAUCGUCGUAACGGCAAACAGCAUCGUCACUGUGCGCUACAACCUUGACUACGACCUCACAUUGCCUGAUGUGGCUGCAGCCAAGCAACUGGAACAGGCGACUGUGAACUACUUCAACAAAAAAUACCCCGAAAUCAUCAUAAGUGACUCCAGUAUUAGCAAGGGAAGUAUCAUCGUGACAUUCACUGUGGAAGGCAGGACUGCGAACGUGACAAGUGUUCUCAGCAGCAUCUGUACCGACAUCUCAGCCGGGACACCAAUUCAGAUUGCCAGUAACAACCUCACACUUGAUGGUUACAUGCUGGUGGAUGGCACUGAUUACUACUCAUCUUGUACCUCUGAGUCAAAGAAGGAGGGGUUACAUCCGGGUUACAUUGCACUGAUAGUCAUCUUGUGUCUGUUGGUGGUCGCAGCAGUGGUGUUUAUUGUCGUCUAUAAGGUUGUCAUCAAGCCCAAAUCCAAGACACACGACGAGUCUUCACACAACCCAGCUGAUAGGCGAACUGGAUUCUACUACAUAGACAAUGGCCGCACCGUGUUCCUGGCCGCCGGACUGACCGGAAAGCAUGGCUUCUACACGCAGACGCAGGCCGCAGGGCGUCCCGAGAGCUCCGCUCCGCCCAUCACCACCCUGUACGACGAGACCCCCGGCUACACCAUCAUCCGGAGGUCGCCGCUCCCACCCGACACCGAUGCCGAAGUCGCCAUGAAGAGGGCCGUUACCCCCACUGAUUAAACUGGCGAAUUUCGGCUCCUGACAACAAGAUCGUCCUCAAAUGAUUCCUAGAAGAACUGAUACAUUUGAAAAAUGAAAACGAAUGUUUAAAAGUCCAUGAUAAAAGGCGUGCAUAAAUUCUACAAUAUAACUGUUACAUGCUAGCAAGCAGUUAAUUAACAUCUGUCGUACCGUCAAUUAUUGCGUAAAUUAUACAUUAGUUUGAGGACAGUUAAACAUUUUCAAAAUUACAUCUAUGCUGUGGUUUAUCUAAACUGAACCCUAUAUUUUUUAUUCUAGAUGUAUAUAGAUAAGUUUCCCUUUCUGUGAUAUAAUAUAUAUACAUAUAUAUAUAUUAAAGUAGCAAGUAGAAUUUUAUGUAUUUUAUCCUUCACACUUUCUUAUUGAUCCGUCCAUUUUCUUAAAAUCAAAAUGCAGAAUCAAAAUUUUAGAUCUAGACUAUUUACCCAUAGGCUAGCAGUAAGCAAUUAGCCAUUAAUUGAUAAAAAUUGCAACCGAAAAAAAGAAAGAAAAAUAUGAUAAAUGUUAAUUAAUGUAGUCCUGUAAACCGAAUUUUUCCAGUGCAAAAUAGCCCUACAAAGAGAAAAAAUGAUAUUAUAACAUAGAAAAUAAAGUUUGAUACAUUGAUCUUGGAAUUUCUUUAUUAACAAUUUCUUAAAGAACUUUCUCUGGAAGUGGAUUGUAAUAUUGAAUCAGUGUUUACAGAUCUAAUGUGUGAGCUUUUUAUUCAACCUUUUGUGCCUUAGUGACCAUGUGAAUGUCUUUCUAACACCCUUUUUUUCUAAGCACUUGUCCCACCGUUGAGUUCUAUUGCUGCACGAUUACAAUCAACGAUCAUGAACAACAACUGUCAUAAUACUGACAAUAUUAUCAUGAUAAUCUUUCCUCAAAAUCGUUAUUUCGAUCGAUUGUUUCGUUUUUAAUUCAAAUAAUUGUUUUGACCAAAACUAAAAUUAUCUAAAAUGCGUGUGUUUUGUUUUUAAUACAAGGUUGUUUUGUUUUAAUAUUUUGUAACUGGCUUAGCAAAUGUUUUGUUUUAAUCUUUUGUAACUGGGUUACCAAAAUAUUCGACGUGUUCAGGCAAUGCAUUUUUUUCCAAAUGUAUGUAUAUUUUAAAAGAUUUUAAGACAUUCUUCAUUAAGUUUGAAAUAAGUUUAACAUAAGUUAAUAUCUUUAAACAUUUUGCCUGUUUAUAUAAAUAUGUAUGCACUAUACAAUGAGAAUAAACGUUCAAUAACAGUUUAAUGCUUAAUGUUUUGUGUUUUCUAUGUUAGGGCAUUUACAUUUAAGUAUAUACAUUUAUGUAUAUUUUAGACUUUUGUUAAAACUAGUUCUUUAUUUUAUUGUUGUUGUUUUAUUCUAACUUUAGUACAAUCUGAUGCUGUGCGUCUUACUUAAAUAUUAAAUAUAACUCUCAGAAAAUA